CACCUAGAAUGCACCUGACUUCAACUGAAAAUACGUCAUUUUGCUUACUGGGGGUCUUGUCCCGCGCACUCACACCCUGUAGAAGAGGCUACUCGUCUCACUCGCAGAACCGGAGGAGCUGGUGGCUAUAUUAUUCUGCAGUAGCUGUCUCCGGAGAGCGAAUGAAGGAAGAGGAUUGGAACAAACAGGCAGCAGACAUAGUAGCUAAAACUGCUGUGGACUCUUUCUCACCAAAAGAGGAACCAGACGGCAGGCACGCACGGACGCACAGGUCUAUCCUAACCGGACGAACCGACUAGUAAAUGGACAUAAUGUUUAAUCUAUCCACCGGCAGCAGAACGUGCAUAUACAGCAUCACCUUUCUGUCCGCGGUCGUGAUUUCCUCCUGCCACGCGCUCCGCCGCUGUGGGGACGUCCAGUGCGUUGAGGGCCAGCAGUGCUGCCCCCCUACUGUUACCGGCAACGGUAGCGCGAGUUCCAUGGUGCGCUGCUGCAAGCUCCCGCUGCAUAUAUUCUUCGACAACGUGGGCUGGGUGACGCGCAAGCUAUCCGGCAUCCUGAUCCUGCUGCUCCUCUUCGCAAUGGGCUACUUCAUCCAGCGCAUCAUCUGCCCGCGGCCGCGCCGACACCCCCACCCCGAACACCCCGAGGAGCCCUCUCUCUUCCACGGACACGUCACCGCGUCCCAGGACUCCCUACUGGACCGGUACCCCGAAUACAGUUUUGGGGACUUCACCUCGCCAGUGCUGCUACCCGCAUAUGACGAGGUGAAGUACCUGCCGACCUACGAAGAGACCAUGCAGGAGGUGCACAGAGACCAGUCGGAUGAUAAUUUCCUGGUCCAUUCGGAGGAGCCUGCUGCGGACGGAGGGACGCGGGGAGGACCGAUACCCAGAGAAGAGGGACAGGACACUUCAGGACACAACACACGCGCGUCACGGAAUUCUGUCUGACUAAAUGUGAUGGACUAUCCAAUUUAAGAAUUGUUAUUUUAUUAUGAACUAAAGGAGAGACUUACAGGCUAUAACUUAAGUGCAAUUACAAUCUGUUGCAAUGAAUGUUGAAAAUAAUAUGAACUGGCAAUUUGGUCAAUGACGUGAGUUUUAUAUGAUUGGGCGGAUGAUUCCCCUUUUGUAUGCAAAUUAAGACUUGGUAUGAGAAAAGGAGACAAUAAAAGAGAUAUGGCUGCUAUAAUUGGCGCUCUUUUGUGUAUUGACAGGCAGCUAAUUUGGCGCCGGUACAAUCACAUUAAGUUUUGCUUAACGGUUCAAUUUCCAAAGGCACCGUGAGACAGUUGGCUUUCUCCAUAUUUUUCUUUUAUGAGAUGAACAGGCAGAGAAUGAGUUUUUGAGUCUGCUGGGCCUGAAAGACGUCUAUUCAUUCUUAUAUCUAUAUCCUAGAAAUCAUGUCAUAUAAUAGUAUUUGUCGUUUUUCACACAUGUACAACUGUGUAUUAAUAUGCAUGCGAGAAUUGGAAAUGUUUUUUCUUUUCUUCAUUUCACAACUCUCCCCGAGACACCCCACUCAGAGAUUCACAGGCUGGGUCUAUGAGAAUAAACUAGUGCUGUGCAGUUUUCAGUAGCCUAGCGGGGAUUCAAAAGUAAUAGAAUAGUCACACCAUGAAAUGAAUACAAAUACUCUCUCCAACACAUCUACAUAAGCUAUGGCUGACAUUUUGUUACAUCAGAAAGUUAUUUUAUCCAAUGUGUCAGAGAGCUCAGCUCACACAUACUGCGGCAUGAACACUAUCCUCCCUCCUCAAUGAGAGAUGAUGAUGAUCCUAAAUACUGAUCCAAGGUCUAGUUACCAUGUGAGUAAGCAAACCACCAUCUUUGAUGUAGUGACCAUAGUUGAAUGACAAAACAUUCACCAUCAUCAGCAUUAGAGCACUUGAAUACAGACAUGCCUUGCAUGGAAAUAGGCAGGAAGAUGACUGAUAGACAAUACAGACAGUCAUAAAGACAGAAGUAUAGAAUAGACAGCAGUAAAUAAAGAGCUAAGCUGGCAGACAUAAAGCUGGAGCUGCAGACUGAGAUAGCCGGAAUACAGGAGAGAUCAGUGAACAGAGAUUACACCCUUGUCUGUUUAUUGAUUGAUCUGUCAUACUUACCUGUGUCUGUCUGUCUGUUGCUGGCAGACAGCAGACCAGUUAGCAGGCAGGUACAUUUCAAUAUCUUAAUGCUCAAUUCUAAAUCGAUCUGUAGCCCAGGAACCAGAAAUAAUAUACAGUUGAAGUCGGAAGUUUACAUACACUUAGGUUGGAGUCAUUGAAACUCCUUUUUCAACCACUCCACAAAUUUCUUGUUAACAAACUAUUGUUUUGGUAAGUCGGUUAGGACAUCUACUUUGUGCAUGACAAGUCAUUUUCCCAACAAUUGUUUACAGACAGAUUUCACGUAUAAUUCACUGUAUCCCAAUUCCAGUGGGUCAGAAGUUUACAUACAUUAAGUUGACUGUGCCUUUAAACAGUUUGGAAAAUUCCAGAAAAUGAUGUCAUGGCUUUAGAAGCUUUUGAUAGGCUAAUUGACAUAAUUUGAGUCAAUUGGAGGUGGACCUGUGGAUGUAUUUCAAGGCCAACCUUCAAACUCAGUGCCUCUUUGCUUGACAUCAUGGGAAAAUCUAAAGAAAUCAACCAAGACCUCAGAAAAUUUUUUGCAGACCUCCACAAGUCUGGUUCAUCCUUGGGAGCAAUUUCCAAACGCCUGAAGGUAACACGUUCAUCUGUACAAACAAUAGUAAGCAAGUAUAAACACCAUGGGACCACGUAGCCGUCAUACCACUCAGGAAGGAGACGUGUUCUCCUCCUAGAGAUUAACGUACUUUGGUGCGAAAAGUGCAAAUCAAUCCCAGAACAACAGCAAAGGACCUUGUGAAGAUGUUGGAGGAAAUAGGUACAAAAGUAUCUAUAUCCAAAGUAAAAUGAGUCCUAUAUCAACAUAACCUGAAAGGCCACUCGGCAAGGAAGAAGCCACUGCUCCAAAACCGCCAUAAAAAACCCGGACUACGGUUUGCAACUCCACAUGGGGACAAAGAUCGUACUUUUUGGAGAAAUGUCCUCUGGUCUGAUGAAACAAAUAUAGAACUGUUUGUCCAUAAUGACCAUCGUUAUGUUUGGAGGAAAAAGGGGAUGCUUGCAAGCCAAAGAACACCAUCCCAACCGUGAAGCACGGGGUUGGCAGCAUCAUGUUGUGGGGGUGCUUUGCUGCAGGAGGGGCUGGUGCACUUCACAAAAUAGAUGGCAUCAUGAGGCGGGACAAUUGUGUAUAUAUUGAAGCAACAUCUCAAGACAUCAGUCAGGAAGUUAAAGCUUAAAGCUUGGUCGCAAAUGGGUCUUCCAAAUGAACAAUGACCCCAAGCAUACUUCCAAAGUUGUGGCAAAAUGGCUUAAGGACAACAAAGUAAAGGUAUUGGAGUGGCCAUCACAAAGCCCUGACCUCAACCCUAUAGAAAAUUUGUGGGCAAAACUGAAAAAGCAUGUGCGCAAGGAGGCUGAAAAAACCUGACUCAGUUACACCAGCUCUGUCAGGAGGAAUGGGCCAAAAUUCACCCAACUUAUUGUGGGAAGCUUGUGGAAGGCUACCCAAAACGUUUGACCCAAGUUAAACAAUUUAAAGGUAAUGCUACCAAAUACUGAUUGAGUGCAUGUAAACUUCUGACCAACUGAGAAUGUGAUGAAAUAAAUAAAAGCUGAAAUAAAUCAUUUUCUCUACUAUUAUUCUGACAUUUCACAUUCUUAAAAAAAAGUGGUGAUCCUAACUGACCUAAGACAGGGAAUUUUUGCUAGGGUUAAAUGUCAAGAAUUGUGAAAAACUGAGUUUACACGUAUUUGGCUAAGGUGUAUGUAAACUUCCGACUUCAACUGUAGCUAUGUCCAGCUAAGCUUAUGAUAGACUAGGUGGCAUUUUUGGCCAUACUUUUUAAACCGUACCUAACCACUCUUCUCAGAUCUACACAGAAAAUGACACAGGGAGUAGGGUUCUAUUUGGAAUUGGGCAAUAGAUUUCUACAUUUACAAACUACUCCUCUGUGCACAGCCUAGGGUACAGCCACAUCCUCUCCACAGUAGGCUGGGCGAGAAAAGUCAUCAUUAAUCUUUCUGUGGAACAGUGGACCGUUGAGAUGCACCAACUCUCCAAGAACUGGUUUAUCUGAAGUGCAUAAGAGUGGAUAAGCAAUGAGAAACUAAAGGAUACUCAUUAGGAGUUUGAGUUA